AUGGCGCUACAGCUCUCGUGUCAACGACAGACUUGUCCGGACACUGACCAGUUUGGAGAAUCGCCACAGUGCGUCAGAACUGAAAAGAUUAAUCAACACUCUUUUACCAUCGUAUGGAAGAGACCCGUGUUGUCGUACAAUAAAAACCACAAGCUUUUGGCAUUUUCAAUCUCCUGUUUCCUGUUAGGAGAGGCUAAUCCAGCAGAGGAGCGACAAAUAGUACUGCCUCCCAUUGCGACAUCCAAAGAGAUUCAAGACCUGCGCGAGGGGACGAAGUACGAAGUCGUUGUGUGGGCCGUCUACUUGGGAAAUCGGCGUAUAGCAGCACCAUCGACAAUAAUCGAAACACAGUUUUCUAUCGCCACAGAAAAGCACGUGCUUCCAGAAAACAGCUCGUUUUUAGAAAAAGAAUGUAACUGUACGACACACGGAACUGCAGCGUGUACAAGAAUUCACAGCAUAGCCAAGUGCACUUGUUUCCCAGGGUUUACUGGAGACUGGUGUGAGUAUUGCGUUCAUGGAUACUUCCGCGAUAAAAAGAGGUGCAGAAAAUGUCCUUGUACCAAUGCCACUUCAUCAGGAGAGUGUAUUACAGGCGAACUGGAAGAGAUCAAAUGUAAGAUGUGCCUUCCCGGACAUCGUGGGCGCUUAUGUUCCUCGUGUACGGCAGGGUACCGUUGGAAUAACGACAGCUGUGUUCCUUCCAACUGUUUCAGUUUUCCGCUUUGCAUGAAGAACAAGGACCAUCCAGGGUGUAGUGAUUGUGUCUUUUUGACGGACAGACUACCCCCAUCUACAGGUCACAACAAUUCAGAAGGAACAGCUGCUGAUGGAACAGUACCAUUGAUUGGUGUCAUAGUAAUUCUUGGGAUAAUCCUGUUAACUGCAGUAGGUGCCACGGGUUACCACUCGUGGUCACAGCCUCACCUUCAUAUGAGGGACAAGGAACAGGCCAAUGACAAGAAAACACUGGAUAACAACUUCAUCACGAGUAACAAACACGUAAGCAUUCAACAAACAGCGUCAGCCCACGAAAUGUUCAAGAAACCGAGUCUGGUAAAUGUAUGAUCUUUAAGAUGAAAGGAAAAACACCUCUUAAAGCCUGUCCCCACCACAAGGAGCAGACACAUAUCUGCUCAAAGAAUAGCUUUAUAUCUUUAUUUUUGCACAAAUAUUUUAAGACUACAGUACUAUAAGGCUCAGCAAAACAAUGUUUAACUGAUCAACAUAUUCAACUACCUAAAAGCCAGUUUCAACUUGCACAAAAAUGCAUAUUUUAAUAACAGGAUUUUUUUUUCUAUUGAGCCUUCUAAAGCUUAAUUUCAUUUUACUUUGCAGG